CAACUUCGUAAACAUGGUCGCCCUUUCAAACCAGUCAUACCUUUUGGCCCUCACCUCUUCGGAAGAAAGAAAAGUUUCAUCUCUAUUCGUUGGUGAGUCUGAGAAGGCCAAUCGAAGAUGUUUUUUGGAGAAGCUGAAAAAGGCUUCGUUGCUUUAUGUUGAUCUAAGGAAGUUGAAGCCCAUUCGACUUAUCGAGGAAAAACGAAACCUGAAGUGGGCCUUGUGCUUUUUAUUGUACCGAUUGGCUUAUGAUCAGAUGGGUCUACCGUUUAUGAAGCCUAAUGAAGCCUACAGACACAUUCCUCCCUAUCCAAAAUGUUCUGAUUCCGGAGCUACGGAAGACUUUGGGCAUUCCUUCCGAUCAAUAUCUUUGGUGGCAUUUGAUGAAGUUGGUGUGCUUGAUACAAAGGGAACUUUUUUUCAACUGGAGAAGAAUGAAAAAGGUGUGGUUCGACUUUUUCGGUAUCAUUCCAAGGGUUUAAGUAUUAAGAAUUAUGUAGCUUUUGGGCUAUCAAAAGUUACACUUCAUUUUAUUUCUUUAUCACCUUUGGACGCUUCCAUUCCAGUGUAUGAUGUCUUAUGUAGUUCUUCCUUUUCAGUAAAUGAAUUGGCAGAUUCAUUGUUGGAAUAUACAGGUGGGAUUCCUGGUUUGUUGACUCUUGCAGUGAAUAUGCUUUUGAAUUAUGUGGAAAUGAGAAACCAGCCUUUCAUGUCGAAAGAAGUGCAGAAAAGUGGAUAAUUUAGCGGUACAGGGACAGCUGAGUGUUGCGCAUACAUCAAUAGUUACCCUAAAUUUGUAAGACGAAUGGUUAGCUGGAAGAACCAACUAUACUCAGACAUUGGCAAUGAUAUCUGAAACAAUCUUAAGAAAGAGUACUGAAGGAAAGUUCAGGCCAAGUCAUAAAAGAGCUGUGAACUAG